AUGGCCUUGUAUUCCGAAUCGUUAGAAUUGCCCCAAGAUUUAAAUAACUUAUACUUUGAUCCCGAUUCUACAUUUUUCUUAUUUGGUGUGUCCGAAACAGAGGAAAUGGAGGAUAAUGAAAGUGAAGAACUGUUGUUAUUUAACAAUGAAGUCAAGAAUCCAUAUUUAGGUUUCUUGUCAGAUUGGCGCAUAAAGGUCGUAGCUUCCGAGUUGGAAGUUGAUUUCGUGGUAACAGUCAUUGUAGUGCUCGGGGUUACCGCAGUCGGACCGAAUGAAG